UCCCGAGAAAAGUUAUUUCCUGGGGUCGGGAGGAGUUGGUGAAAUGCCCAAGAGCUGUUUGUGAGUAGCCAGAAAGACUUUGCACGGCGCUACGCGAGACUCCCUGCGGAAGGAGACCUCUCUUCUGGGUGGGAUGCCGAGGAACAUGAUGUCGGACUUCUCUGGAAUGGUGUGCGAACUUUCCCCUAAGUGUCAAUUUGGGAACUUUGGGAAGAGCAGCGGCCCGCUGGAGAAUGGAAAAGGCCGACCGAGGCGCACAAACUCUACUUUGGAGGAGGAUGAGACCCUGAGAUACCUAAGUCACGAGGAAAAAGAUGUCCUCCUCUUCUUUGAGGAAACUAUCGGUGCCCUGGAAGACGACUUGGAGGAACAAGGUCUUCGCCGCCACUCUCCAAGGUCAAUGCAAGAAAUUGCGUCCAGCCAUUCGGAGCCGGAAGAGAUCAUCGACUUGGUCCGGCCAGUGCCCGAGAACAGCAGUCGAUACUUUGUUCAUAGCCGGCACAUGGAAGCAGGCUUGGAGGAGGUUUGGAAACGAGAUAAACAUCGGCUAGAGCACAACGGUGCCCCCGAUGGAAACGUGCCUGCUGAUGCCGUUAUCCUUCCUUCGGUUCUCCCGUCAGCACCUCCGUUGCCCAUCUACGAGGGGUAUCCUGCUGCGGUCCCUGCGCAGCACCCCAGACUGCUUCGCUCUGUCCCCACUCCACUUGUGAUUGCUCAGAAAAUGUCUGAAAAUCACGGGGAGGGCAGCUCUUUCUCUCCCGUUUCCCCAAAGGAGAAGUUGGCAGAGAGGAGAACGCCUACUUCUUCACCGAAGUGCAAUGGGGGGCGUUUCGUGGCCCUCAAGCCGUCCGUUCCGCCUCCGACCGCACCCAAGCCCCAGAGGUUUCCCAGCAACAUCAGCCUCACCAACCUGAGCGAAAGAGAGUUCUGCAAGACUAUCACUAGGGCCGCGGUCAACGUCCAGGAACGCAAAGCCCAGGUGUUAGCCAACGUCAACGGUUCGGCCAUUCUAAUCAGCGAGCUGGAAGAGAGACUUCAGAAGCACGAAUUCUCAAGUCCCGCUAGAAGUUCGUCCGUAAAGGACUUGUCUUCAGAGCAGGCCCGGCACGAAGCAUUGAGUAAACUCGGCCUGGUGGAAGAAACUUUGGUUCAGGCUGAGUCUGAACCGGAGAAAUCGCCAAGUGUCCCCGCGCCAAAGGAUGAACGACCCGAAGAAGCACCGGCCCUGUCAAACGGCUAUCGAAACAUCCACGACAUCUUGAAGCAAGAGCCCAGCCCGUUCCCCAGCGUGAGCAAAACCGUGACGUUCAAACCAGACGCUGCUCUCCUGGAGGGUAAGCUUGCUCGGCAGAACACCACCAAGAGCUUUUACGACCAAAGGCAGUCUGAUUUCGCCAUGGAGAUAAGGAAGAGGUCUGGCUCGCUCCCCAGACCCUCUGGACUGAGACCCCAAGGCGUAACCGUACAGUUCUCUGGCCGCGGCUCCACAGAAGAAGCUAGGAGGGAGGCGCUGCGGAAACUCGGACUUCUGAAGGAGUAACUGAAGGAGGUUGAUGGAAUGAAGGCAAACUUUAUGCCCUGACAGACUGCUUCCAGGGAGAGCCAAGGACAAUUCUCUUUCCAGUGUGGGAAGUAUUCAAUACAGGGGUGGAUUGGCCCUUCGAUGUGACUGGGAAAAUUCCCAAUGGGCUGUUGCCUUGGGAGGUGGCUGGUGGUGGCAGCAGAACCUUCAGAGCCCCUUGAUUUGGGCCCAGGCAGUGACGACAACACAUGUCCCCGUGCUUGGCUGUCCACUGUCUGGGCCCGAACUGAGCAGCCCCCACAGUGCUUCCCGUUCCCAGAGGCCCAUUCGGGUUCCUUUGGGGCCAUUCCAGUUUCCUGACGUACCCCCUCUCCCAUUAACUAGGAUCGUGCCACAAGUACUCGUGCUCGGAUUUUGUCACGGCUUUCCUUCCGACGAGUGACCGGAUCAUGAUCAUUUAUCGAAUCCUCCUCCGGGAUGUCGAGAGGACAUUUUAUCCCACUCGGAGGCAAGGAGGUGCCCCCUAUUAAUGAAGUUUAACGUUGCAGUGUUUGCUUUGGAGGUUGCGCAGUUGGCAAACGCAUCUUCGCGCAAAUGGAUUUCUCUCCCGGGAUGCCGACAAUAAUGAAGCCAGGGAUGGACUAAACCAGAAUUAUGUAGGGAUAAGUAUUUACUGAAGAGAGGUCAACCGAGACAAUAAAGCUGCUACCUCCGAUUGUUGCACGCUUCUCUGAAAAACUAUUGGACACCUUCCCGUGCCCCCGUUGUCUUCCCUUCCGCUGUAGACCAGCUGGCAGGAGCAUGGCUGUCCUUCUCGUGACACGUACUAACGCGGUUAAGAAUCAAUGCCAACAAAAUUGCUGUUCGGGGUCUGUCUGGAGGGGGUUGUUCCCGUGCAACAGUUUUAUGACCGGGGGGGGGGUCCCUCCGAAUCGUUCUUUUGCCUGCGCGGUAAGGUAGUCGAAACAGCAAGACCUGCCACUUGAUAGCUCUGCAGUGUUUUGCCCCUGACCACAAGAGCAACCCUUCCCACCCCACAGAGACAAGGGCACAGAGUCUCUUCAGUAGCAUCCAGCUCCUGCUCCGUGCCACUUCAGUGCCAAGCAUGGCAUUGUGCCCAGGGCAUUCACUUCCUUGCCCUCACCUUCAAGCAUUAAAUGACCCGUUCCUCCUAUUGGUGCUUGUGUAGAAGCAUGCGGUAUAUGUUAGCGUGCAUGGGUAUGCGCUGAUCAAUGGCAAGGGACGCUGAGAAAGUAAAUGCUCUAGGAACAACGCAGUGUGCCCAGCGAGGUCUUGGCCGCAGGGUGGCAAAGCGCAUGAAAAGAAAGCUCGGCCCCCAUCAGUGAAAAUUAAAACUCCUCUGGGUUUUUGGGUUUUUUUAAAGAGUCUUUUAAGAAUUGC